UGCUGAACGGCCAAAGUUUAUAUAUAGAGAGUAAGGCAUUUCAGCAUUCUGUUAACGCUCUGUUCUUGCUUAACUCUCGCUCGCUAUCUGUUCUGUCUUUAAUAACUUCAGAACAGCAUCGGUGGAGAAUAAUCAGCUUAAUCUCACCGUGAUUCUAGCGUCUAAGUGCAACAACAUUAGUAAUAAUCAAUCUCCACCGUAAUAACAAUGGGAAAAGGAUGCGGUGAAAUGAAUGAUCCAAACAAGAUACACGAUGAUACUGUUGAAAUCCCAGAAACUGCACAUCAAAUUAGCAGCGAUUCAUGGCUUCAAGUGGCAUUUAUCCUAACCACCGGAAUAAACAGUGCUUAUGUGCUCGGAUAUUCCGGAACCAUCAUGGUUCCACUUGGUUGGGUAGGGGGUGUAGUUGGUCUUUUUCUUGCUACCUUAAUAUCACUCUAUGCUAAUGCUCUUGUUGCUAUGCUCCAUGAAUUUGGAGGAACAAGGCACAUUAGAUAUAGAGAUCUUGCUGGCUAUAUAUACGGUAAAAGGGCAUAUAAAAUUACUUGGGCACUGCAGUAUAUCAAUCUUUUUAUGAUUAAUACUGGUUUCAUCAUUUUGGCUGGUUCAGCCUUGAAAGCUGCUUAUACCUUGUUUAGAGAUGAUGGUCAGCUGAAGCUUCCCUAUUGUAUUGCCAUAGCUGGACUUGUGUGUGCAUUGUUUGCCAUUUGUAUUCCUCAUCUUUCAGCUCUUGGAAUUUGGCUGGGAUUUUCAACAGUCUUCAGCAUGGCAUACAUUAUCAUAGCAUUUGCGCUAUCAAUUAAAGAUGGAAUACAAUCACCACCCCGAGAUUACGGUAUUCCAUUAAGUGGUUCAAAUAAGGUAUUUGAAACAAUUGGGGCGUCUGCUAACCUAGUGUUUGCAUACAAUACCGGCAUGCUUCCUGAGAUACAGGCAACAAUAAAGCAGCCAGUUGUCAAGAACAUGAUGAAAUCCCUGUACUUUCAGUUUACAGUCGGAGUUGUACCAUUGUACAUGAUUACCUUUGCAGGAUACUGGGCUUAUGGAGCUUCGACAGACGCCUAUUUACUGAAUAAUGUGAAUGGUCCAGUUUGGGUGAAGGCUUUGGCCAAUAUUACAGCCUUCCUUCAAUCAGUCAUUGCAUUACAUAUAUUUGCAAGUCCAAUGUAUGAGUAUUUGGAUACAAAAAAUGCGAUCAAAGGAAGUGCAUUGAAUAUUAAGAACUUGUCAUUUAGAAUCCUGGUAAGAGGUGGCUACCUGGCCUUUAAUACAUUUGUGGCGGCUCUCCUUCCAUUCCUCGGAGAUUUCAUGAGCCUCACGGGAGCAAUCAGCACGUUUCCCCUUACAUUUAUUCUUGCAAAUCAUAUGUAUCUAGUGGCGAAAAAGGACAGACUAUCAAGUUUGCAGAAACUCUGGCACUGGAUCAACAUUGUUUUCUUUAGCAUAGCAUCUGUGGCAGCAACAGUUGCAGCACUACGGCUUAUUUCUGUAGACUCCAAAACAUACCAUAUUUUUGCAGAUAUUUGAUGAAACUCAUUAUAUUAUUUCAGCAAUUGUAAUGCGACAUUUACAUGUUUUGAAUGCUCUCAUUGUUAGAAAAAUAACAAUAAAGAUAGGAUUUCCUCGCAGAAGAUUGUAUCUUGUUGAGUAGACUACUCUUAGUCAAUAUUAGACAUUUAUAUCAUCAAAUACACAGUUUUGGCACUAAUUAAGCAA